GUUUUAUUCUCACUAUUUCUGUCUUUUCUUACAACUUACCCCAUGUCCCAUGUUAUCAUUCUGCAUCUAAAUCCAGAUCGGAGAGCAUAUAAAACUAAAGAAGAUUCACUUCAUGCCCAUUAUUUCUCUUACAACAAGUUGCAGCUGGAACUGGAGAGAUGGCAUCGCGCGAUAAGAAACAUAUGAAGUCCUCCAGCGGCAAGAUAGGCGGUAUCCGAACUCUUUCUGAUUUGAAUCGGCCGUCUAGUCACGACUCCGACAGCGACUCUGAUGGUCCCCAAGAAUACUACACUGGUGGUGAAAAGAGUGGAAUGCUGGUUCAAGAUCCUUCAAAGCGCAAUGAUGUAGAUGCAAUUUUUAAUAAAGUUAGGCAGUUAGGAGCAACUCAAGGUUCUCUGGAAAACGUCCUCCCUUCAUCAAGCUCAACAAGAUUCACUGGGACUGGGAGAACCCUGACAGGGGAAUCAUCCCAACCGAAUGCCCCUCAAGCACCUGAGUCAGUUUUGCACCAUAUUGUGUUCUGGAGAAAUGGGUUUACAAUAAAUGGUGGUCCUUUGAGGAGGUUUGAUGAUCCUGAAAAUGAGAUUAUUUUACAGAGUAUUCAAAAGUCUGAAUGUCCCAAGGAACUGGAACCUGCUGAUAAGAGGGCCGUUGUCCAUCUCAAUCUCAUCAAGAGGGAGAAUAAUUGUCCUGAACCCGAGACACACGACAAUGUUCCAUUUCAGGGCAUAGGAAGAACUCUGGGUGGCAGCUCAAGCCAGGCAACUAGUGAGCCUACUGCCCUUGACACUGCUCCAUCACCUUCAACGGGCUCAGUAAUUGACGAAUCAUUGCCUUCAACAUCAGUUCAGCUUAGAUUGGCCAAUGGGACCCGCAUGGUGGCUCGCUUCAACAACCAUCACACCGUGGGUGACAUACGUGCCUUCAUAGAUGCAUCCAGGCCAGGUGUUAGCCAGUCAUAUCAGCUGUACACUGGUUUCCCUCCCAAAAUCUUGAGUGACACCACCCAGACCAUAGAAGAAGCUGGACUGCUAAAUUCUGUGAUCAUACAGACGUAAUUAUCAUCAGUGGUGGAAAUCGGAGGCUCGUGUUUUUUAUUGCAUCCAACUUUAUAUGUAUAUGCCUAUAUUUACAUGUACAAACAAGCAAGGGUAUAAAUUACUCUGAUUACUGGGGAAGAUCAGCUUGUUGAUUUGUUAUGCAUGUGAUAUUCCUGUAAACGGGAGAACCCUUCAUUUUGGGUAUCCAAUGCACCAUUAAUCCUUCAAAAAGUUUAUCCAGCCAUGCUUAUCAGUGGGCUCUCAGGCCCAAAAGUAGAUAGAAUUAGUAAAUAUCUCGUAGUCCAGAGUCCAAACAAACGAACCUACAGUCCAUUGUUUUUUGUAUGAUUUUGAAAAAAGGUUAGGACUUUGGACCCAUCUUGAUUACACCAAAUUUCUAUCACAUAUUACGCAGGCUCAUUUUAACAUGUUUGAUCCC